AUGAGUAAUAAAUUAUUUGUCAAAGAAGAUGAAGACGAUGAAGUAGGACCAUCACCUUCAAUCACCUCUAGCUCACAUUCCUACUCAACAUAUUUCAAUAAUGAAGAAGAUUCACAAGAUUUAGAUGAUCCAAUUAUAAAAGAAAUUCCAGUUAUAUUAAAACAACCAAAUCCAGAUCAAAGAAUCUUAUUAUUACAAUAUCCAGGAAGACCAACAACACGUCCUUUUAUUAAUGAAAACCGUGUUUGGGAAUCAAGGGAAAAAAUUAAUACAGAUGUUAUUGAAGUUGAUGUACCAAUUGAUACAACAAGAUUUUAUGAUUCAACAAAAAAUGAUAAUUGGGGGAUUGUAGAGAAACAAACUUUGAGAGGUGUUAUGAAUGAAUCAGAUGGUUAUUAUGCUGCAAGUGUUCAAGAUGGUGAAUUAAUUUUAAUACCCGUUAAAAAAGUUUCACAAAUGAGACCUGCAUUUAAUUAUAUUGAUAAAGAAGCUGCUGAUAAAAAAGAAUUAAAUAGAUUAGAAAAUAAUGGGAAUGGGAAUAAUCAUAAUAAUAGUGGGGUUCAAGUUGUUCAAAUGUCUGUUAAAGGCUCUGCUGAUAAUGCACCAAGAUUAGGUGGUGCUUUAUUAGCUAGGAAAAAUGCAGAUGAAGAAGAAUUUGUUCAAGUUCCUUGGAGUGAUGUUAAUGAUGAAGAAACAGUUGAAGUUAGAAAUAAAGUAUUAACAGUUUAUAAUAAAUCUGAAUUGGCUUCAAAUACUACAAAUGAUGAUUAUAUAAAUAUGUUGGUUCAUGAUACAAUUGUUGAAUAA